GGAGCGAUGAUCCGCAGGGAAGACACCGAGCGGGCAGUGGAAAUCCUGACCAGAUACCAAAGCACGCUGAGGGCUCCGGAGGAGCAGGAGCUGAAGGCCUCCAUCGGGAAGGUCUCGCACAUCUUCCAGAGCGAGCUCUUCCAGGCGCUGCUCGAUAUCCACCAGUUCUACGAGCUGACGCUGCGCUCAGCCCCGGCCCCUGAGCCCGAGCCCGAGCCCGGCAGGCAGCAGCCCGGCUCCCCGGCCAAGCCCCCCGAGGCCGGCACGCAGGGGACCGGGCCGCGGCUGGUGCGGGUGACGGCGCGGAGGACGGAGGCGCCGGCCAGCGUGUGCAACCUGCUGCUGGGCACCCGUGCUGCCCUGCCCCAGGCCAACCCUGCUCCCAUAAUCGUGAACACAGACUCGCUGGAACAAGGGCUCUCUGUGAACGGCAGCGAUGGGAUGUUUAAGUACGAGGAGAUCGUGCUGGAAAGGGGCAACUCCGGCCUGGGCUUCAGCAUCGCUGGAGGGAUCGACAACCCGCACGUGCCCGAUGACCCGGGCAUCUUCAUCACCAAGAUCAUCCCCGGCGGAGCGGCGGCCAUGGACGGCCGUCUGGGGGUGAACGACUGCGUGCUGCGCGUCAACGAGGUGGACGUGUCCGAGGUGGUGCACAGCAAGGCCGUGGAGGCGCUCAAGGAAGCGGGGCCCGUGGUGCGGCUUGUGGUGCGCCGGCGGCAGCCCCCGCCAGAGACCGUCAUGGAGGUCAACCUCAUGAAGGGCCCCAAAGGCCUGGGCUUCAGCAUCGCCGGGGGCAUCGGGAACCAGCACAUCCCGGGGGACAACAGCAUCUACAUCACCAAGAUCAUCGAGGGCGGCGCGGCGCAGAAGGACGGGCGCCUGCAGAUCGGCGACCGGCUGCUGGCGGUGAACAACACCAACCUGCAGGACGUGCGGCACGAGGAGGCCGUGGCCGCCCUCAAGAACACCUCCGACAUGGUCUACCUGAAGGUGGCCAAGCCCGGCAACGUGCACCUCAACGACAUGUACGCGCCCCCCGACUACGCCAGCACGUUUUCAGCCUUGCCUGACAACCACAUAAGCCAUAACUCCAGCCUGGGCUACCUGGGCAGCGUGGAGAGCAAGCCCGCCUACCCCGUCCCCCCGCAGGUGACUCCGUCCAGGUACUCGCCCAUCCCGCGGCACAUGCUCGGGGACGAGGACUUCACCAGGGAGCCGCGGAAGAUCGUGCUGCACAAGGGCUCCACCGGGCUGGGCUUCAACAUCGUGGGCGGCGAGGACGGCGAGGGCAUCUUCGUCUCCUUCAUCCUGGCCGGCGGCCCGGCCGACCUGAGCGGCGAGCUGCGCCGCGGCGACCGCAUCCUCUCGGUGAACGGCGUGAACCUGCGCAACGCGAGCCACGAGCAGGCGGCGGCGGCGCUGAAGCGCGCGGGCCAGGCGGUCACCAUCGUGGCGCAGUACCGGCCUGAAGAGUACAGCCGCUUCGAGUCCAAGAUCCACGACCUGAGGGAGCAGAUGAUGAACAGCAGCAUGAGCUCCGGCUCCGGCUCGCUGCGCACCAGCGAGAAGAGAUCCCUCUACGUUCGAGCCCUGUUUGACUAUGACAGGACCCGGGACAGCUGCUUGCCCAGCCAGGGGCUGAGCUUCUCCUACGGGGACAUCCUCCACGUCAUCAACGCCUCCGACGACGAGUGGUGGCAAGCAAGGCUGGUGACGCCGCACGGCGAGAGCGAGCAGAUCGGGGUCAUCCCCAGCAAGAAGAGGGUGGAAAAGAAGGAGAGAGCGCGGUUGAAAACAGUGAAGUUCCACGCCAGGACUGGCAUGAUAGAGUCUAACAGGUCGAUCAAAACGAAACGUAAAAAGAGUUUCCGCCUCUCUCGAAAGUUUCCAUUUUACAAGAGCAAAGAGAACCUGGCCCAGGAGAGCGGCGGACAGGAACAGGGCGUCACGUCCAACACGAGCGACAGCGAGAGCAGUUCCAAGGGACAAGAGGACACCAUUCUCUCCUACGAACCCGUGACGCGGCAAGAAAUUCACUACGCGAGACCGGUGAUCAUCCUGGGGCCCACGAAGGACCGCGUCAAUGACGACCUCAUCUCCGAGUUCCCGCACAAGUUUGGCUCCUGCGUGCCACACACCACCCGGCCGCGGCGCGAGAACGAGGUGGACGGGCAGGACUACCACUUCGUCGUGUCCCGGGAGCAGAUGGAGAAGGAUAUCCAGGACAAUAAGUUCAUAGAGGCCGGGCAGUUCAACGACAACCUUUACGGGACGAGCAUCCAGUCGGUGCGGGCGGUUGCGGAGAGGGGCAAGCACUGCAUCCUGGAUGUGUCUGGCAAUGCUAUCAAGAGGUUGCAACAAGCACAACUUUAUCCCAUUGCCAUUUUCAUCAAACCAAAAUCGAUCGAGGCGCUCAUGGAGAUGAACCGGAGGCAGACGUACGAACAGGCGAACAAGGUCUUCGACAAAGCCAUGAAACUCGAGCAGGAGUUCGGAGAGUAUUUUACAGCCAUCGUACAAGGAGACUCUCUCGAAGAAAUCUACAGCAAAAUCAAACAGAUCAUUGAGGACCAGUCCGGGCACUACAUCUGGGUCCCGUCCCUCGAGAAACUCUGAAGAUUUCCCCCAUCUGCUUCCCUGUGAGCAGAAGAUCUCUGAAGUCCCACCCCACCCGAGCCCUCUGCCCCAAGGGGGGGGAUGUGAAAACUAUUCCUGCCCCCUUUUUUAGAUCGUCGCAAAAUUGAGUUUUCUAGUCCUGUUUCUUUUGUUGGGAUGAACUGAUCUCAUUCAUCACGUGACUGUUCCCACCAUUCCUGCAUGGAUCUUCCCAUUGCUCCAUUAGAGACAGAUGAGAACCCAUUCAAGAGUCGUUUUUUAUUAUUAUUAUUAUUAUUAUUAUUAUUAUUAUUAUUAUUAUUAUUAUUAACUAAACCAAGAAUCAAGAUGGGAGGAGGCGGCUAAGGACUAAAGUAAGACACAAGUGACGCAGUGGACUCUGA